AUGUUGCUACGAGUCGGCCGGGAUCGUGUCCGCCUCGCCGGGGCCUACGUUGGGCGCAGCUUGUCCCAUCAGGCUUGUACCCCUCUGAACGAUGAGAAGGCGAAGGAGAUCGACCAGUGCUACUCACGGCUCGAUCCGACGUUUCGGAAUACGCAGGAGGCGUUUAAGUCCAAAUCCAACGGCGAGCUCCUCCGGGCCAUCUCCGUGCUCCAGGCCUGCGAGUACGACUUUCUGGUGCAGAACAACAUGCGUAUUCUGAACACGCUGCGCCGGGUGCUCGGCAAAUCGCUGUUUACCAAGCUCCUGCAGAAGACUUUUUACGGCCAUUUUGUGGCUGGCCAGGAUGAGAAGGAGGUGAUGCCGACCGUCGAGAAGUUGAAGCAGUUCGGCGUCAAGUCGAUCCUCGACUACUCGGUGGAGGCCGAUCUGUCGUCGAAGCAGGCCGAGGAGAAGACGAAGACGCAGAGCUUGGCCCCGAAGCCGGAGACGUCGGAUGCGAUCACCUCCUCCGGGCUCGUCGACAAGAAUCUUCACGAGAAGACGCGCUCCCGCUAUUCUGCGCACGCAGAAUUCGCGGAUCGCCGAAAGGACGUCUUUUCCGCCAGGACCUACUUCUACGAAGGCGAGGAGGAAUGCGACAAGAACCGCGACAUUUUCUGCAAGACUGUUGACGCCGUCGCGAAGGCCACUGCUGGCGAGGGAUUUGCUGCUAUUAAGAUCACAGCCCUCGGCCGCCCUGCCCUCCUGCUCAAGCUGUCCGAGUCGAUCGCGCAGACGACUAACUUCUUCAACGCGCUCACCACCGGCCCUGACAGCAUGCGCACGGAGAAGCGCCGCCUCACCGAGCAGGAGUUCAUCGACAGGCUCAAGGAGUUCGGCGUGCGCACCGACUCGGACGAGGCGCGCAACUGGUUCAAGUCGGUCGACUUUGACAGCGACGGCCAGCUCGAUUUCCACGGCUGGCAGCACUUGCUGGAGGAGAACAGGAAGCUGGGUGAUAUGUUCCAGGUGCUGAACAUCAAGACCGGCAAGCUCGAGCCGCUCAUCCAGAACCUGACAUCGGAUGAGGAGAAGGAGUUCGGCAACAUGGUCAAGCGCACGCUCGCUGUUGCUGAACACGCGAUUUCCAAGGGGGUUCGAGUGAUGGUCGACGCCGAGCAGACCUACUUCCAGCCCGCCAUCAGCCGUAUGGCCAUCCAGAUGAUGAGGAAAUACAACAAGGACCGCGGCAACAUCUUCAACACGUACCAGGCCUACCUCAGGAAUGCCCUCGACGCCAUGGAGUGCGACAUGCAGCUGGCUCGCCGUGAGGGAUGGCACUUUGGCGCGAAGCUGGUCCGCGGCGCCUACAUGGAGCAGGAGCGGAAGCGCGCGGCCACCGUCGGCUACGACGACCCGGUUAACCCGGAUUUCCAGGCCACCUCGAAAAUGUACGAGAAGUGUUUGACGCGAAUUGCCGACGAGUGCGACAGGCGAGGACGUGGGCACGUGUCGGUGAUGGCCGCCUCGCACAAUGAAGAUACGGUCCGUUUCGCCGUCAACCUGAUGCGCGAGCGGUGCUACGCGCCGAGCGAGAAGAUUCUCUGCUUCGCCCAGUUGUACGGAAUGUGUGAUCAGGUCUCGUUCUCCUUGGGCCAAGCCGGCUACUCGGUCUACAAGUACCUCCCGUACGGCCCGGUCGAGGAAGUGUUGCCCUACCUCUCCCGCCGUGCCCUCGAGAACGGCUCCCUGCUCAAGAAGGCCAACCAGGAGCGCAGGCUGCUCAUCAAGGAGUUCCGGCGUCGCCUCGGAGCCGGCCAGUACUUCUACAAGGCGCCCGUCCCGUCGGUCGUCGCC